AUUUUGUCCCCAGACAUUUUUUUUUUCAUUUUUCCCUCCUUUUUCUUUUCUUUUUGGAUUUUUCCACGGUGAUUUUCCAUUUUGCGAGUGGACAGAAUGUGCUGGCUAGCAGGGUUAGCUGGCUUAGCUAACGUGGAAGCGCUCGGCCCCCUCAAAGACAAACAAAAAUGCAGAUUAUUUUUUAAAGAACCUCGACGUGUUGGAAGCAUUUUAGUUACACUUUGACCCAUUUUUUCCAUGUCUGGCUAGAUAUAAGUUUUAUAGCGUUUAAAUGGAUAUUUUUCUUUGAUGGGACUGAUUUGUUUUUGGCUCGCUUUUCACAGUCGGACAGCUAAUGUUAGCUUCAGCUAACAGCGUCAGAUGCAACAUCAUUUCAAUCCACGAUUCCUUAUUGUUGACUUUAAAUUCAGAUUUUUACAGGUUUUUAUUUUUACACAAGAACUGGUUAGAUUGAUAUUUAAUUUUUCGUAUAUACACAUUUUUUUUAGUUGUUAGGCAAUGCAAUGGAAUGGGAAGGGCUAGCUAGCAGUGCUAGCCUACACGGAGCGCUACAAUGAUAGCGCAGGCCCUGUCAUUCACUCUUAAGCCCAGAGGAGGGCGCUGUUGGCGUGCAGGAGGGUGUGUUGAUGAUUAAUUUGAGUAAUUUUUAAGAACUUUCCUCAAUCGUGCGUCGGGAUGUUUUGUUUUCCUCAAUUUUUUUUUACUUUUUUUUUUCUUUUUUAACGGAGUUUUUCCCUCGCAUGAUGGUUUUUAAAGCUUUGGAUUGCAAGUUUCAUCACAUAACAUGAUAAAUACACAUUUAAUUAAACAUCUUGUACGCAAAGUGUCUUCUUUUGGCUGUUAUUAUGCUUCUCUACAUUCACCCAUGAGCCUCAGUAAAAAUCUGCAAGGGGGGCGAAGGUGAAGGUCGAGACCCCAGCCCAAACUGCCCAGCCCACAGUGUCAAACAUCAGGCAGACAAGAGCCCCGCACACAGACGCUAUGGAACGCUCAUCCUCCACUUCCAGCCUAAUGGCCAGCAGCAACGUCACCAACAAAACCGACCCGCGCUCCCUCAACUCCCGGGUCUUCAUCGGCAACCUCAACACCCUGCUGGUCACCAAGGCGGAUGUCGAGGCCAUCUUCUCCAAGUACGGGAAGAUCGUGGGCUGCUCUGUCCACAAGGGCUACGCCUUCGUCCAGUACUCCAAUGAAAGGAACGCUCGGGCUGCCGUCACAGGGGAGGACGGGAGGAUGAUCGUCGGACAAGUGCUCGACUGCAACCUGGCUGGAGAACCCAAACCACAGAGGUCAAAAACCUCCAAGCGCUCUGCUGGGGACAUGUACAGCAGCAGCUCGUCGUUUGACCUCGACUAUGAUUUUCAAAGAGAUUACUAUGACAGAAUGUACUCGUACCCGUCUCGCGUCCCCGCCCCGCCCCCUCUGUCACGGGCCGUGAUCCCGUCCAAACGCCCACGGGUCAGCCUGAGCGGAGGAAGCAGCCGGCGAACCAAGAGCAGCUUCUCCUCCUCAUCCAAGAGCGGCCAGAGGACUUCAUCGUCCAGAACCAUGAGAAUGGAUGAGCUGCAAACCAUCAAGCGGGAGCUGUCGCAGAUUAAAAGCAAAGUGGACGACCUGCUGGAAAGCCUGGAGCGAAUGGAGAAGGACCACAGCAAGAAGUCUGCAAAGAGCAUAAAGCCAGAGCCAGGAGAGGUGACCUCACCGCCACACUCCAGCAGUAAGAAGAACGAUGGAAUCAAGAGGGACAGGGAGAGCCACGACAUGAACAACUCGGACGAAGAGGAAGACGAUGAUGACGAGGAGGAGGAAGAAGAGGAGGGAGACCUGCUUGAGGAAGAAGAGGUAAAGAGUCAGGAGAGGGAGGAGGAAGAAGAGGAAGAGGAGGAAGGAGAGCACGUGGAAGGAGAUGAAGACGACGGUGACAGUGUCAACGGCGACGACGACUCGUAAACCGGAGCCGCACCCUGUUUGCAGAAGGAGCCUGGACUCCUGUUUUAACACUCACCAUGUAGAUAGAAACACAAACGUGCACACGAAAUCACAAGCAUGGUGCGCACACCUUACUGUCAUGUUGUCCCUGAAGAUUUUCUUUGUUUUUUUUUUAGUUUUUGUUUAGUUGUCCAGUAUUACUGUAACAGGAAUAUCUAGCUGUAGGAUGGUGUUUCUGCUCGUCUUCAGAGUGAGACGGGAGCAUGGACUAAUGUUCUCAGAGACGACAGCUCGACGGACAUCUCUUAACGAGGACAGGAACUUAUACACUGAUUAGUUUUUAGCUUCUCUGCAUUUUCCUUCCUCCUCAGUGAGUUUGUUUGACUUUGUGUGUAUGUAUGUUCAUGUCAGUUUUUUUAUAUAUAUAUAUAUAUAUAUAAAAUCACUUUUUAGUUUAACUAUAAAGAAAUAAAUUGCAAUAAAAUAUUAAAACAAA